UCAUGCGUUAGUAUAUUGUUAAAAACAAUAUAGAAAGCGCCCAAUUUGAAGCAACGGUCGUGAGGAUCGAAGUACAUUUGAAAACUUAUCGUUGCUAGCCUUAGCUUAUGCAUUACCGUCUAUCGGGUAUGACUCACCAAAUUUACAAUAUUUUAGAGAACAAACGGUUGUGUAAAAAUCUUUGCGACGCAUUUGUAAGUUACAAUGAUACUAGUGUUAUACAGCGAAAUACUCAAAUCAAACAACACACUACAGCUUCUUCAUCUAACGAUAAUAUGGCAAAAAAAAUGAUUUGUUGUCGGCGCCAAUCUCGACCAUCACUGAUAUAUCACUGACCCACUGGGAAAACUCAUUCGGGUCAGCGUGACUUCAGCAAAUUAAAUAAACAUGUCAGUCGCGUAAAUUGCGAAUCUCGUUGUCCAUAUCUUGCACUUUUUUGCCCGACACCAGAUGCAUCCGGCUGACAUAGUCGUUCAAUUGCAAGAAUUCCGAUUUGGAGCUUGCGUCCUUAAAUGAAUCAGUCGAAUUC